AGCCCAAUACCCAAUUCUCUGUCUUUCCCGUUCAUAUCCACACACCCAACCACUCCUCUUUCUCCUAAUUUCUUAAAAAACAUUUCAGAGGAAAAUAAUUUUACGCCGGCUAUGGAGUUCGAAUUGGAUCACUCUGACGGGUUCGAUCGGAUACCCGACCCGCUUAUCAACCUAAUCUUCAACCAAAUCUCCGACAUCAAAACCCUAAUCCGAUGUCGCUCCGUUUCCAAACGGUUCAACUCUUUGGUUCCUCAAGCCGAUUCGCUCCUCCUCCGGGUCGACCGGGUUAUCUCCGCCACCGAUUCCGACGAUGAAGACGAUUCCUUCUUCAUUGCUUUCCUCAGAUCCAUCAUCAAAUCCCUUCACCAUCUCGUUUCCCCAAGCAAGCCUCUCCCAAACCCGACCCGAUCACAAAACUCACCCGCCCAGAUCCUGCGCGAGUUCGAGAAGAUCCGGAAUCUUGAAAUCGAGCUGCCGUCCGGCGAUCUCCGAUUAGAGAAAGGCACGACAAUUAAGUGGAAGGCAGAGUUUGGGAAAACCCUAAAGAACUGCGUGAUUUUAGGGUUUCGUGGUGGGGAAGGUGGCGGAGGAGAGGCAGAGUUAGGCGGAGGAGGAGGAGGAGGAGCUGGGGGAGGUUUGAAAAUGAGGGUAGUUUGGACAAUUAGCGCGUUGAUAGCAGCAUCAGCAAGGCAUUACAUGAUGAUGGAAGUCGUAAACGAGCACAAGGAGCUGGAGAAUUUGGUGAUCAAAGACAGAGAAGAUGAAGGCAAAGUAGUGAUGGAUAAGAAAGGAUUGAGAGAAUGUAGAGAGAGCCAAGGCGAAGGCGAAGAAGCGGAGGUGAAUAGUGCUACCAGUGGGAAUGGCGUUGGUGUUUGGUGGCGGUGCAAUCGUACGACUGUGCCAGCUGUACGAAUGAGGAUGAGGCACGAAGCUAGAAUGGAACUCUCCGAUGGCACGAAAAUGGUAGGAGCAACAUUGGUGAUUGUGAGGCCAAUUAAUCAGGGUAAUGGUGAGAGGAGUGAGGUAGAGGAACAAAAUGGAGAUGUAGGAUUGGCAUUAGCGGCAUUUGGGGAUGAUGCAGUGUAUGGAGAAGCCGUGGAGAGGUUGCUCAAGAGUAGAAGUUAUAUCCUGGAGAUGAAUUCCUUUUAGUUCCCACGGUAUCUGUAAGAACUUGUUCUCAAUCAAUGUGAUGACCGUCUAGAAUUUUGAAGUCAUUUGUAAAUAUAUCGCUAUUGCUAUUUGUACAAGUAAUGGUAGACAUGGCAUUUCGUGCGUACGAAAGAAGAUUCUAUUGCUUAUAUUAGAGUCAUGAACGAAAUCCAAACUCUGGGGGUUUUAGGUAUUGGGGCAGUGAGAAUUGAACUGAAACUUUGUGUGAGGAUCUCUUGGUCUUACCAUUUCCAUUGAGCUAUGUUGCCUUCUUUUUUUGUUGCAUUUGUACACGAUUUUACCUGUAGUGUCUGAUCUUAUUGUGUACCAUUUCAUGUGCGGUGUCUGCUCAAGCCUCUUUUCAUUAGGACUUCAGAAACCAAUGUUGAUACUUGUUCCUACUUAUUGAACCCGUAAUUUGCAUUCAAAGGCAUAUUGAGGAGUCAUAUGUCCGACCCAUUUGGGAUGGAGAAUUGAUUGAAAUAUAUUGUGAAUGGAAUAUGUGCUGGCUAGAUGGUAAAAGUAUGUUGAUCAGAUACUGAGUGUUCAACUUGUUUGAUUAAUUUUUACAUGAGAAUACAGAAGUGAUCUAGCUGAUUCCAGCUUAUUCGUUAUUGAGGAGUAGCAACUGAACACUUUGCUUCUAGAAUACCCACAGCCUAUAAAAAAGGGCUGCAAUGGCAACUAUCUGAAAUCCCAUAAGAGGAAGAACAGGAGGGAAACCUCUAUUAUGCUGAAGGAUGCAAUUGAUUUGUCACCUGAACAACCUUGGAAGAAGGGCCGGGUACCUCAAGGAACCUAUUAGCAAAAGGCCAAAGCCACUUAGGUUCCUUGGCAAUAUUGCAUUACAGAUUUUUUGAGUUAUUGGCAGUAUGUUGCAACAUACCAUAUGGAAUUAUCAGAGGCAACUGCCAUUGGCGUAGUGAAUUCACCAGCUGUGAUGCAGUAUGAGCAAGGCCUGAUGAAUGCUUUUCCAAAUGACAAUUCAAGCAUGAGUCCUUAAUUUUAUCUUUGAUUAAAUUUGUUUCUGAAUAGUUAGCAGCCACGAUCAAAAGCUUUAGUUAGCUGUGUCUAGUGGCCAUGUGUGAUAAUCGUUGUAGCUUGUAUUCUUCUGUUGGUUUUUGGACGUUUAUAAUUUCCGUGGAAUCUUUAAUGACAGUUGAUCAAAGUUUUAGCGAGGCAA